AUAUUCUGAGUAUUUUGUUUAAACACUAAAUAUCGUUUGAUUUGUUCCUCAUUUAUUAUUGGUAUAUUAUAAAAUCUGUUAUAUAAAUAUCAAGUGAGACCACUCGUUCCUCCUUGAUUCGUCGUCGGGCGAAGACAGAGACCGAACAAAAAAAUUUCAUAUGACGAGACAGUGACCUCCUUCCUUUCUCUUCACGAAUCUCCCAAGUUUUUCUCUUUUCUCUUUUAUAUUUCAUCGUCUGGAACUGGAACUGAAACCAUUUCUGAGAUUCAGAUCCGACAAAAUCGGGGAACAAUGGGGAACUACGAUCAGGAAUCGGCAGGAUCGUCGUCGCAGACGUUACCUUGGAUUCCGACAGAAGACACGCCUCUGUUGGGACCGCGGAAACUGUCGUCUCACUCGAAAACAUUCGCGAAUGUGUUCAUCGCCAUUGUAGGGGCAGGAGUGCUGGGCCUUCCCUACACCUUCAAGAAGACGGGAUGGCUGAUGGGUCUGCUAAUGCUUUUCUCCGUCGCCGCUCUCACCUUCUUCUGCAUGAUGCUCCUCGUCCUCACCCGUCGCAAGCUCGAAUCCCUCACCGGCUUCUCCGAGAUCGCGUCCUUCGGAGAUCUGGGCUUCGCCGUCUGCGGACCCGCCGGUCGUCUCGCCGUCGACGUCAUGCUCGUCCUCUCCCAGGCCGGCUUCUGCGUCAGCUACCUCAUCUUCGUCGCCACCACUCUCGUCAAUCUCUUCAGCCGCGGCGCUCAUCGGAUUCUGGGUCUGGCCCCUUCCUCCUUCUACCUCUGGGGAUGUUUCCCUUUCCAGUUGGGUCUGAAUUCCAUCCCGACCCUCACCCAUCUCGCCCCUCUCAGUAUUUUCGCCGAUAUCGUCGACGUCGCCGCCACUCUCGUCGUUAUGGUCCAGGACGUUCUCAUCUUCUUGGAACGACGACCUCCUCUUCGUGCCGUCGGGAGCCUCUCUGUCUUCUUCUACGGCCUCGGCGUCGCAGUCUACGCAUUCGAAGGGAUCGGCAUGGUGCUGCCGCUGGAGCUGGAGGCGAAAUACAAAGACAAGUUCGGGAAGGCACUGGGGCUGGCCAUGGCAUUGAUCUCGGUUAUGUACGGAGCGUUCGGCGUGUUGGGGUACAUGGCCUACGGCGAAGAGACCAGAGACAUAAUAACAACGAACCUGGGAACGGGGGUGGUGAGCACACUGGUGCAGCUAGGGCUAGGCAUCAACCUCUUCUUCACCUUCCCGCUCAUGAUGAACCCUGUCUACGAGGUCAUCGAGAGGCGGCUCUGUGGCUCACGCUACUCGAUCUGGGUCCGCUGGUCCACAGUCCUCGUCGUGACCCUCGUUGCUUUGCUCGUCCCUAACUUCGCCGACUUCUUGUCCCUUGUCGGAAGCAGUGUUUGCGUCGUGCUCGGCUUCGUCCUGCCCUCUCUGUUCCACUUCCGGGCUUUCAAGGACGAGCUUUCCCUCAAAGGAAUGGUGGCCGACGUUCUCAUUCUUCUUGUCGGCCUUGUCAUCGCCGUGUCCGGCACCUGGACCGCCUUGCAGGAAAUUUUGGCCUCCAAGGACUGAUUCUGGUCCUGAAACUGAAUUCAUUUUAUGUAAUAUACCGUACAUUACUCUCCUCCAACUUACCCUGUUUUGUUUAAUCACAUCACCUCCUAUAUUUGUUUCCCUCUUAUGAAAUGCGAUGAUCUAUGAUGGAAUUGAACUCA